CCCUGGAGGCUGUCCAGGACCGGUACAUUCCUAGCAACCUACUCGUCGGAUGCUUAUUUCGCGAUAAAUUGGCUAGUGACGGUGUACGAAACGAUCGUGUGUGACAGUGACAUUUAGGUGGAAAAUUGUUUUCUGUUUCAUUUUGUAAGGCAACACACAAGGAUGCGUUCCUUGGAGUACUUAGGGAAGGUGGCACUGUUAGUGGCGCUAACACUAUGGUUUAGCGCUAACCUGGUCCAGUCCUCCGGUGCUCCUGUAAUGUCAAGGAGAAUAUGUGUCGCAACAAUAGCCAACUUCAGUACGACCAAUUCGGUCGCAUUUUGCACGCACACAAUCUGUAAUACGUUGAAAGUGGGUGUAAAUGGUACGAUUGGCUUCGUUACAACCGCAACAAUACCUGCAGCAACUGUACGCAGUCUAUUGCCUACCUUCUGUGACCGAAGACAGGCCUAUCCUUACCUGCAACCGUACUUAGCGGUCGUUGGUGCCGGCAAUGAAGCCCCGUUGGCUGCCAUGCUCUCAAGUACAACGAUCAGAGCAAACUUCAUAAAGGCGCUGAUUGCUUUCGUAAAAUCUUAUCCAAACUGUGUUGGAAUAUUUAUCGACUUUACCUUCCUUAGCACGUCUCAGGCGUCUAGCUACUCCGGGUUCAUGUCAGAAUUGCUGGUGUCUGCUGGAGCAGCCUCGAUCAAAUUGGCCUCUGCCUUGCCUUGGGACGCGACACGUUACGCUGAUGUGUACUACAAUCCGACACUACCGAAACUUGAGUUUAACGUUCUACGGACGUAUGAUGACUUUUACGAAGGGAACACCACUGUCGUCCAUCCGAUUAACCCUCUUUUCAGCAUGGCGGCACCUUUUGCAGAGGCAGCUAAAACUAUUUACUCAAAUGUAUACAAGUGGGUUAUUAUGGGAUUCAGCCCAGACGAUAUCGUAAUGGGUUUGUCUAUGUACGCACGUGCGUUUACCGUCACGAGUGUUAGUCAGUUCGGAGCAACAGGAACAGCAAGGGCAGCUUUCGCAUCUUACUGUGAAGCACUCCUAUUCUCCACCCAGAAUGGAAUUCAAACAAACAAUGCCGGAGAAAGUAUAACCUCUAACAAUAGUUUAGCGUACGUAUUCAACUCGUAUGCAGCAAUUGACAUUAAAUUGAACUUUGCAAAAUCAAACAAUUUGGGUGGCGUUGCAUUAUUUUCCAUAAACACUGCCGGUGAAAAUGCUGAACUGUUACGAUACGUAACUAGCGUCCUGGCACCUACGCCACCGGCUGGAUAUACAUACCCAGUAGCAUCGUAUCCUAAGUGUGGUGUAACAAUUACAUUCCCAGAAGUUGUAUCUACCACUAGUCAACCAGCAGCUACCACGGUCAGUCCAAGUGGAACAACUGCUGCUGGAGGAGGCACAACUGCUGCAGGAGGAGGCACAACUGCUGCUGGCGGAGCAACAACUGCUGCCGGAGGAGCCACAACUGCUGCUGGAGGAGCCACAACGGCUGCUGGUGGUGCAACAACUGCUGCAGGAGGAGGCACAACUGCUGCUGGAGGAGGCACAACUGCCGCCGGAGGAGGCACAACUGCUGCUGGAGGAGCGACAACUGCUGCCGGAGGAGGCACAACUGCUGCUGGCGGUGUAACAACUGCUGCUGGAGGAGCCACAACUGCUGCUGGAGGAGGCACAACUGCUGCUGGCGGUGCAACAACUGCUGCAGGAGGUGCCACAACUGCUGCUGGAGGUGCUACAACUGCUGCUGGAGGCGCAACAACUGCCGCUGGCGGAGCUACAACUGUUGCCGGCGGAGCCACAACUGCUGCAGGAGGAGCUACAACGGCUGCCGGAGGAGCCACAACUGCUGCCGGAGGAGCCACAACGGCUGCUGGUGGUGCAACAACUGCUGCUGGAGGAGGCACAACUGCUGCUGGAGGAGGCACAACUGCUGCUGGAGGAGGCACAACUGCUGCCGGAGGAGCCACAACUGCCGCCGGAGGAGCUACAACUGCUGCUGGCGGUUGGACACCUCCUACAACAGCAGGCCCAACUACUGCCGGAGGAGCUACAACGGAUGCUGGAGGAGCUACAACUGCUGCUGGCGGUUGGACACCUCCUACAACAGCACCCCCAACUACUGCCGGAGGAGCUACAACGGCUGCUGGAGGAGCUACAACUGCUGCUGGCGGUUGGACACCUCCUACAACAGCACCCCCAACUACUGCCGGAGGAGCUACAACGGCUGCUGGAGGAGCUACAACUGCUGCUGGCGGUGUAACAACUGCUGCUGGAGGAGGCACAACUGCUGCUGGCGGAGCAACAACUGCUGCUGGAGGAGCCACAACUGCUGCUGGAGGAGCUACAACUGCUGCUGGAGGAGCCACAACGGCUGCUGGAGGAGCCACAACGGCUGCUGGAGGAGCCACAACUGCUGCAGGAGGAGCCACAACGGCUGCAGGAGGAGCGACAACGGCUGCAGGAGGAGCAACAACUGCUGCUGGAGGAGCCACAACUGCUGCAGGAGGAGCCACAACUGCUGCUGGAGGAGGCACAACUGCUGCUGGUGGUGCCACAACUGCUGCUGGCGGAGGCACAACUGCUGCUGGAGGAGGCACAACUGCUGCUGGAGGAGGCACAACUGCUGCAGGAGGAGCGACAACGGCUGCUGGAGGAGCUACAACUGCUGCUGGAGGAGCCACAACUGCUGCAGGCGGUGCAACGACUGCUGCUGGAGGAGCUACUACUGCUGCUGGAGGAGCCACAACUGCUGCUGGAGGAGCGACAACUGCUGCUGGCGGUGCAACGACUGCUGCUGGAGGAGCGACAACGGCUGCUGGAGGAGCCACAACGGCUGCUGGAGGAGCCACAACGGCUGCUGGAGGAGCCACAACUGCUGCUGGCGGUGCAACGACUGCUGCUGGCGGUGCAACGACUGCUGCUGGUGGAGCGACAACUGCUGCUGGUGGUGCAACAACGGCUGCUGGAGGAGCCACAACUGCUGCUGGUGGUGCAACAACUGCUGCCGGCGGAGCCACAACUGCUGCUGGAGGAGCUACAACUGCUGCUGGAGGAGCUACAACUGCUGCUGGAGGAGCCACAACUGCUGCUGGAGGAGCUACAACUGCUGCUGGAGGAGCCACAACUGCUGCUGGAGGAGCUACAACUGCUGCUGGAGGAGCCACAACGGCUGCUGGAGGAGCCACAACGGCUGCUGGAGGAGCCACAACUGCUGCAGGAGGAGCCACAACGGCUGCUGGAGGAGCCACAACGGCUGCUGGAGGAGCCACAACUGCUGCUGGCGGUGCAACGACUGCUGCUGGAGGAGCCACAACUGCUGCUGGUGGUGCAACAACUGCUGCCGGCGGAGCCACAACUGCUGCAGGAGGAGCUACAACUGCUGCUGGAGGAGCCACAACUGCUGCUGGAGGAGCUACAACUGCUGCUGGAGGAGCCACAACUGCUGCUGGAGGAGCUACAACUGCUGCUGGAGGAGCCACAACUGCUGCAGGAGGAGCUACAACGGCUGCUGGAGGAGCUACAACUGCUGCAGGAGGAGCCACAACGGCUGCUGGAGGAGCCACAACGGCUGCUGGAGGAGCCACAACUGCUGCUGGAGGAGCCACAACGGCUGCUGGAGGAGCCACAACUGCUGCUGGCGGUGCAACGACUGCUGCUGGUGGAGCGACAACUGCUGCUGGUGGUGCAACAACGGCUGCUGGAGGAGCGACAACUGCUGCCGGAGGAGCCACAACUGCUGCUGGAGGAGCUACAACUGCUGCUGGCGGUGCAACGACUGCUGCUGGUGGAGCCACAACUGCUGCAGGAGGAGCCACAACUGCUGCAGGAGGAGCCACAACUGCUGCUGGAGGAGCGACAACUGCUGCUGGAGGAGGCACAACUGCUGCAGGAGGAGGCACAACGGCUGCUGGUGGUGCAACAACUGCUGCUGGAGGAGCCACAACGGCUGCUGGAGGAGCUACAACUGCUGCUGGAGGAGCAACAACGGCUGCUGGAGGAGCAACAACUGCUGCUGGAGGAGCUACGACUGCUGCAGGAGGAGCGACAACGGCUGCAGGCGGUGCAACAACUGAUGCAGGAGGAGCUACAACAGCUGCUGGUGGAGCCACAACGGCUGCAGGAGGAGCCACAACUGCUGCUGGCGGAGCGACAACUGCUGCUGGCGGUGCAACGACUGCUGCUGGAGGAGCGACAACUGCUGCUGGUGGUGCAACAACGGCUGCUGGAGGAGCUACAACUGCUGCUGGAGGAGCGACAACGGCUGCUGGAGGAGCGACAACUGCUGCCGGAGGAGCCACAACUGCUGCUGGAGGAGCUACGACUGCUGCUGGCGGUGCAACGACUGCUGCUGGUGGAGCCACAACUGCUGCAGGAGGAGCCACAACUGCUGCAGGAGGAGCCACAACUGCUGCUGGAGGAGCGACAACUGCUGCUGGAGGAGGCACAACUGCUGCAGGAGGAGGCACAACGGCUGCUGGUGGUGCAACAACUGCUGCUGGAGGAGGCACAACUGCUGCUGGAGGAGCCACAACGGCUGCUGGAGGAGCCACAACUGCUGCAGGCGGUGCAACGACUGCUGUUGGCGGAGCGACAACUGCUGCUGGCGGUGCAACGACUGCUGCUGGAGGAGCGACAACGGCUGCUGGAGGAGCCACAACUGCUGCAGGAGGAGCGACAACGGCUGCUGGAGGAGCCACAACUGCUGCAGGCGGUGCAACGACUGCUGCUGGCGGAGCCACAACGGCUGCUGGCGGUGCAACGACUGCUGCUGGAGGAGCCACAACUGCUGCAGGAGGAGCCACAACUGCUGCAGGAGGAGCGACAACGGCUGCCGGAGGAGCCACAACUGCUGCUGGCGGUGCAACGACUGCUGCUGGAGGAGCGACAACGGCUGCUGGAGGAGCCACAACUGCUGCAGGCGGUGCAACGACUGCUGCUGGAGGAGCGACAACGGCUGCUGGAGGAGCUACUACUGCUGCUGGAGGAGCCACAACUGCUGCUGGAGGAGCGACAACUGCUGCAGGAGGAGCCACAACUGCUGCUGGAGGAGCCACAACUGCUGCUGGAGGAGCGACAACGGCUGCUGGAGGAGCAACAACGGCUGCUGGAGGAGCUACAACUGCUGCUGGAGGAGCCACAACUGCUGCUGGAGGAACCACAACUGCUGCACCAGAAGUUGUGUGUGGAAUUACUGUGCAAGGGCAAUACGGUGCACUUGUUGGCAGUUUUUGCAGUUCGCUCUCCGAAAUUACGUUAUACAUUACAGCGGGAAGUAGCUGUGGUGUCGUAGCUUAAUGGAAGCAUUGACGAUAUUUUAAUUUGUUUUAUACUUGCUCUCAAGAUUGAUGUUAAUAAAGUACAAGUGAAAAUUAAAUAAGCUUUGUUAAUUCGUUGUUAAUAUUUCUCUGAUAAAUCCGAUUGGUUGAGCACAAAGACAUAAUAUGAAAUUGCUGUAAAAAUUCACUACACAACUAUAAAUCGAUGUAAUGGACUGUAAUGGAGUUGAAUAUUUAAUGAAUACGCUAGACCUCAUACAUUGCUGUGGGAUUCUGUGAAUUGCUUUUCCACUGUAUGUUUGGUCACCAACAGCGACUUUGGUGUUAUUUGCUCAGUUGUGUUGGUCGUACUAG